AUGAAAAUAUUGAAACUAUUCGAUUACAAAUAUCUUAGCGAACGACAAAUUAAGGGCUUCGAUAAAUAUAAAUAUUGCUGCGUAGAUUCAAGUCCUUUAUCAAACUAUGUUUCUCAUCCAUUCUGGAAUUGGAUAGUAGAAUUUUAUCCGAAAUGGUUGGCACCAAAUGUGAUAACUUUGAUUGGAUUUGCAUUUGUGAUGGUUGCAUUUUUGGUUGUAUCAUUCUACGAUUUUCAUUUACAAGCUAAUUCAAAUUUUUUCACCGAAGAUUCCGGGAAAUGCAAAAAAAUUAAUGAAUGUGUUCCUAAUUGGAUUUGGUUGUUAUGUUCAAUAUGUACAUUUCUUGGACAUACCUUAGAUGGUACUGAUGGUAAACAAGCACGUCGUGUAGGAGCAUCCGGUCCUACUGGUGAACUUUUUGAUCAUGGUCUGGAUUCCUGGUCUACAGUACCAUUCACAGUAACGAUUUUUUCAAUUUUCGGACGAGGUGAAUUCAGUGUGCCUCCAUUUCGACUUCUUUUGGUUUUAAUUAGUGUUCAAGUAGUAUUUAUAGUAUCGCACUGGGAGAAAUAUAAUACUGGAAUUUUAUACCUGUCAUGGACCUAUGAUCUCAGUCAAUUUGGACUGACAAUAUUUUACUUAUUUACAUUCUUCAAAGGCCACGAUUAUUUUAAAUUUUAUGUUUUCGAUGGUUUCACUCUCGCGCACUGUUUUGAAAUUGGUUUCUAUGCAUGUUGCAUUAUUUCACUAAUAGUAUCAAUUUGGAAUAUUUAUUUUGCAUAUUUCGUAGAUUGUACUGGAAAACAGGAUACUUUUAUAGAAAUAUGCUUACCUCUAUUUUCAUCUCUGAGUUUAUUUUUCAUUUCGAUUUUUUGGGCUCUGUAUUCUCCCGGAAAUAUUAUUGAACUUGAUCUUCGAUUUUAUCUCUUUAUUAUGGGAACUGUUUUCUCAAAUAUUGCUUGUCGAUUAAUAAUUGCGCAAAUGUCUAAUACACGUGCGGAAAUAUUCAAUUUGUGUCUAGCCGUGUAUGCGUUAACUGCAGUAAUAUCUUUGUCAGGUUUACUAACGGUUUAUCAAGAACUCAUAUUACUACGGUCCAUAACAGUCAUCAUAACAUUAGCUCAUUUACAUUUCGGAAUUUGUGUGGUGAGAAAUUAA